AUGAAGACGAUUAUUCUUUUGUGUUGUCUUCUAACUACGGCUAGUUAUCAAGGUGACUACUUUACUCUGAGUGGUCAAGGUAAUCGAUUUCAACCAGAUGAUAAUGCUCAACUCUUGUCGACUAUCUCAAAUGUCGACGUUACUGCAUCAUGCGCCAUAUAUUGCUUAGAAAAUACAUUCUGUCGCACUUUUAACUUUGAUUCUACUACACGUCAAUGCGAAUUAUACGAAGGAUGGUUUACUGCAGACAAUUCUAUAUCCGCCAAUGCAUCGAGCAUAGCCGGUUGGAUGGAAUUCAAUUCAGCAAUGUUCAGUUCAUACAAUGCGUCAGCAGAUCAAUGUCAAAAUAGUCGAUAUCUGUCAGUUGAUAUCGCGUCGGGCCGAUGCAAAUGUCCUGCUCGUACAUUUUGGAAUGGAACAUUCUGUUUAAAUCAAGGAUUUACUGGUGAUACUUGUCAAGCGAACGACUGGUGUCGAAAUGAUUUGAAUAUCAGUUGCGUAUCAUCAACGUGUCUAGUCAUUCCAGCCACGACAACGGCAACUUCAACAACUACACUCGUUGCUACAUGUACAACUCUGAUUACAUUUAAUGACAUUCCCGGUCAAUCAAGUACAUCAGGUAUCAUUCCUAAUGGCUAUAAGAAUCUGAAUUGGACGAACGUUAAUUAUAUAAAUGCAUCAACAACUCCAAUUGGAAGUGGAUAUCGCACUGCUCUUGGCAAUCAAACUUUUCUCAUGUAUAAUGCAAAUGGAUUUAACUUCACAAUUUCAUCAGCAAAUGGAACUCGGUUCUCUUUUGAUUCUUUUAUUUAUAACAGCGCUUGGUACGAUGUUCUCACUUUUGGCUUUUGGACCAGCCGUGCUGGUCAAGUAACGACAACUGCCACUUAUAAAGCAGGACGUACAUACAGAUCACUAGUAUAUUGUACUUUUUGCACAAAUGUGGAUACAUUGAUAUUUAACAUAAAAAAUGGAUCAAUGACUACUAAUCAAACGCAGAAUGGAACUCAGUUGAUACUUGCCAGUCUGUGCAUCUCUUUUGGGCGUUAA